GAUUUGGUAGUGGUGGUGGAGGAUUCGGUUAGAGAAAAGGAUAUAGUGCUUUCAUGGACAAGUGAUCCAUUUUUCUUAUCCAGAGUUCGAGAUGCCUCCCAAUCGCCUGCCGCCACGUGUAUUGGCCUAUCUGAUGCUCAUUUUCUGAGGACUCAAAGUCUACCGUUGCAUUCAAAAGACAAAUAACCUUCAGACAACAGAGACAGACAGACAGCAUGUCACCUGCACCAAGAAUGGCCCCCGUACCCGAUUGCCCUCCGCCUCCGCCGCCGCCGCCCAGUAGCCCUAAAAUUCUGCUCUUCCAUCGUCGCCGGAGAACCCGCCGGAAGCAGUCCAGGUCAAGUUCAACCACCCGCCGGAGCGGCCACUCGCCGUUGCUUUGGGGUCAGAAGAACCCUAAAGGUAAGCUCGAAAAUCUGUUCGAUCAAGAGAACGACGAAUGUGGUUCCCCCACAGGAACAAAUAGGAGAGAGAGAGUAGAGGGAGGCUGCUGCGACGACGACGGCGGCGGCGCGGUGGAGGAGGAUAGGUGGAGAUUUCAGGCGGAGAUACUGAGGGCCGAAUGCAACUUCUUGAGAGUAGAGAGAGAAUUCGCUCUCAAGAAGCUUGAGAAGAACACAAUUCAGAUCGAGACUGCUCUCCGAUCAGCCAUUCACACCCUCGUCUCCGGAAGAACGAAGAUUCUGGAAGGGGAAGAAGCCGAUGCAGUCCUAGUGGAAGAGAUUCAAGAUUUGUCCGAGAAGCUCGAGUCUCUGCAGAUACAGAAGAACUCGACAAUCAAAGACUAUCGUCUCCCCAAAUGCAGAAACAUCGACACGAAAGCCGCUCUUCUGCAACGACAAUUGCAAGUCCUCGCCAUCCCGGACAAGUCUUCCAUUGAUGUGAAUUUGCUGAGGAAGAACGUGGACAUAUUCGAGGAUGAUAAGUUCCCUCACCUUUCAGCAAGAUUUUCCGACAAAUUAUUUCAUCAGGAAUCGAUUCUGCACGGUAACGGAUGCUUCGGGCGAUGCAAGGCGAUCGUUCAUAGGAUAAUCGAGCAGGUAAGAGCCGAGACAGAGCAAUGGUCUCAAAUGCAGGAAAUGCUAAGACAGGUGCACGGCGAAAUGGAAGAGCUUCAGGCAUCGCGCGACUUCUGGGAAAGUCGAGCUAAUGACUCCCAUUAUGAAAUCCAAUCCCUUACACACUCUGUACAAGAAUGGAAGGAGAAAGCUUUUCUCCAUGAAAGCGCCGCGCAAGAACUGAGCCUCGAAGUGUCUGCACUCAGACAGGAGCUUAGAAUGGCGAAGGAGAUGGGGUCGAGUUGUCGUGUGGACAUAAAAAAUAACAGAUACGGAUUAGGAAGAAAUGAUGGCAAGGAAAGGUCGGAGCCUACACUUUCUUUAGGCAAGCAACUCGCCAAGGAGAUGAAGAAAAGAAUGAGGCUGCAUCUUUUGAAAGAAAACGACAACCUUAGUCGUAAAACUAACAGUGGGCAAAGGCCCUCGAACGCUGGAAACACGCGAUCACCGUUGAUGGAUAUCGGGAAUUCAUCGAGUUCAUUCGCGUCGGCGUCGAUUUUGAUUCAACCUCUUGAGGCAUAAGAGAAAGGAGUAAUAUUCUUUUUUGGUCAUUGGUUUUUUUUUUUUAAUCUCACAACGUAUAUAUUAAUUAAUUUCACAAAAUAUCACAUCAAACAGCUUGUUUAGUGGGACAAUAGUCCAUGCAGUAUGAGAGGGGGACUAAUUUUUCACAUUUCGAAACCAAUAUAAUCUAC